AUGUCUUCCAGUAUUCACUCGAUCUCGUAUCAGACUAAUCAAGAGUCUUCAUUAGCAGAGCAUGUCGCCAGACUUAAACUGUACUACAGAGUUUGCAUAAAAUUUGUUCCAAGCAGUCAAAACAAGAAGGUUUGUGUAUGCAAUCGACCGGAGCGACAUGAUCACCGAAAAGGAGAAGAUGACGAAAACUGGAAUAUGCAAACUCAUACUAAACCUGUUUUGUUCGAACAUCAAAAUUCACUGAUAAACAAGACUGCUUUCUUUGUCCGUAUCGCUCCUGAUACAAGAAUGAGUAAAAUCAAAUCAUUAUUACUUUGUGUGUGGCAAAUCCCGAAAUCUAAACUAAUUAUGUCGAUUAUUGGCAGCACAACCUAUUCGAAUUUCACUGACCGAGUAGAAUCAAAUUUAAUGCGAGGCAUUGCUAAUGUCGCGAGCAAAUCAAAUGUAUGGAUAAUAACAAAUGGAUACAAUAAUCGUAUCGUACGACUCGUGGGACAAGCGAUCAAAAAGCUUAAAUUACAACACGCAAACAAUGAAAUAAUUGCUAUUGGUAUAUGUAAAUGGGGAUCAGUUAAAAAUGUGCAAAAUUUAAUAGACUCUGAUGGAACGGAAACAAUAAAACAGUCGAAUAACGGAAAUAGAUCUGUAUAUGAACAGGAAGAUGAAGAGCAGAGAUUUUCAAAAAUUGAUCAAUACGAACUUGAAGUGAAUCACAGCCACUAUCUAAUGCUAGACGAUGGAAGAUAUGGGUACCCCGAUACGGAAGAUUUCCGAACACGAUUAUGUCUGAACAUGGCGAAUCUAGAAAAAUACGAUGAGCCAUACACACCAGUCGUUACGGUUGCAGUCGGAGGAGAUCUUGACACUAUCGCAAAUAUUUUCUACGAUUUAAGCAAAAACGUUCCUGUUGUCAUCACUGCCGGUAGCGGAAGAGCAUGUGAUUUCUUCACUCGUUGGCUGCUAUAUACAAAACAAUUCGAUUAUCCGUCGAGUGAAAGUGACAUCUUAUUUAGUAUUAAUGAAUUGCAUGAUAAUAAAAAGAAAUCUUUACGUUUACAAUCACAUUAUACGAUGAUUGAUGAUCGCAGAACCAUUCUUUAUACUUCGUUGCAUCUCGAUUACUCAGUAACAAAACUUGAAGAUCUGUUUAAGGACUACAAGACACGAUUGAAAAAUGACUUACGGUGUACAUUUUUUGCACAGGUUGAUCUCGAUGACUUGAGAUUACGAAAUGCAGAUGUUUCAACUGAUGCAAAGCAAGAUGAGUUGUUAGAAAGAACAGUACGACAAGUUCUAUUUUGUCUUCAACCGUCUAUUCGCCGAAAUAUUACGAUAUUCAAUUUGAACUUAGAAAGCAGUUUUUCCGAUACAUUGUUUGGAAGUAUUUGCAGGUCUUAUGAAACAUCCUUGAGUAUGAAAGAAAAGCGACGCAAAAUGAUCAGCGAAGAACGAAAUAUUCCUGCCUACGAAAAACAAAACGAUGGAAAGUCCAAACUACUGCAAUUGGCGAUGGAUUGGAAUUGUAUUGACGUAGCGAAAGAGUUUGUUCUACAAAAUUGCUUAGACAACAUAUUGAAUCCAGAAAAGAUAUUUAUCGAAGCUCUGCAAAGAAAUCUACCCGCUUUCAUCGAUGAAUUUCUCAAAUUAGGCGUUGAUCCAGGUGAAAUUUUCUUUCCACGAAAUACAUUUCUAGGAUCAAAUGAACGAUACGAUAAGUUUCUAAAAGAUCUUUAUUUAACUGAACAGAUUAACACAACUUCAUCACCGAUACAAACAUUUAUUGAUGCGAAUGAAAAAUUAGCCAACAGAAAGAUUGAUUCAAUCGACGCGCUUAAUGUUAUUUUUCGUGUUCUUAUCGGUGACUAUAUGCAUAAUCUGUAUUUCGAUACGUAUAAAAGCGAAUACGAGAAGCGUAUGGAAUUUGAAUUGACAAAACGAAAUACGAAAGGAUCGACUGAUAUCUCACUACCAAACAAUGAGACAGCCAAAGAACUUGCUCAAGAUUAUAUCAUGCGUGAUCUGUUUUUAUGGGCGAUUCUAAUGAAUUAUGUCGGAAUGGCCAAAGUUCUUCUAUCGCAUACGAAAUAUCGCAUUUGUCCAGCAUUGAUUGCCACGAAAAUCUUCAAAGAAUAUCAUACAAAAGCUAUUCACGAAGAUCUGAAAACUGACUACAAGACAAGUGCAACAUACUUCGAACAAUAUGCAAUUGAUUGCCUACGCGAAUGCGUUGAAAAUAAUGCAGAUCGCGCAUGUUUAAUAAUCUUACAACAAAACAAGCUAUAUGGCUUUGUCACUUGUUUACAAGUGGCUGCUGAAGCAGACGACAAGUCUUUCAUUGCUUUGCCAUGUUGUGUUGAAGCUUUGAAUAAUAUUUGGUACGAUAAGUUAUUUCCUGAACAGUCGAGAAAGCGUGAUAUACUAGCAUUGCUGUUGGGAUUUGUGACUUUCGGAUUGACUGCACCUGUAACUGUAUGUUAUAGAGAAGUUGUAGAAUGUCGACAUGGCGAAUCUUUAACAAAGAUCGUAAGCUCGAAUGGAAUUACUUACUGUGAUUCGUAUCCACUUCAAUAUCCACGGAUAUCGGAUUCCAAUUCUGGAUUGAAUCGGUAUCUACAUCGGUGGAAAAAUUUUCAUUUAUCACCAAUGGUAAAGUUCUGUUACGAUUUUGUAUUUUAUUGCUUCUUUCUUUUACUCUUCUCGUAUGUUCUUCUAUUUGACUUUUCGCCACCAACUAACCGCACACUAUCGAUUCAUUGGACUGAAGUCACGACUAUUCUCCUUGUUAGUGGAAUGCUAAUUGAAGAAAUACGAUUUUUUCUGGUUCAAGAUAAUCUUACCUUGAUCGGCAAAUCAAAGAAUUAUUUUCGCGACUUAUUUAAACUUAUGACACUACUAGCAUUUAUACUUUUCUACAUUGGAUUAAUUCUACGAUUUGUNCACCGUGACUCAGCUCACCGUCGACCUGAUCAAUUAAUUCCAGCUAUUCGUCGAUGUCUCUUGGCUAGUAUGCACAUGGCACAACCUCGUCUGCUCGAACCUAUCUUCUUAGUUGACAUCGAAUGUCCAACACGCAUGAUCGGUAAGGUCUACUCGACAUUGAACAAACGUCGUGGUCAAAUCAACGAAGAAAAUGAACUGCAUGGCACUACUUUAACUCGUAUCAAAGCUUUCUUACCAGUCAACGAGUCUUUUGGUUAUACAGAAGAAUUACGUCAUGCAACAAGUGGCACAGCAUUUCCUCAAUGCCAAUUUGACCACUGGGCUUUGUUACCUGGCGAACCAUUCGAAUUGAAUACAAAAUGUGGUCAAGUCGUCAGCGAAAUCCGACAACGAAAAGCUUUACCAGAACAAGUUCCAGCUAUCGAAACACUCGUCGACCGACAAUAA